UAACCUGAACUCAAAACCACUCGGUAACGGGGCGGGGCUGAAGUUUCGUUUUUGGGGAAAUGUAAAGUUAACGACCGCGACAAACCGGAAACUGUCAAAACAAGAGCGCGCGAAAUGGAUUUGGAUUUAAGAAAAAAUGAAAAAAAUAAAUAAAAUGUCCUUAAAUUAUCUAGGUAUAAGCCUAUGUGCGUAUUAGUGAACGUUAUAUGCGUGUAUUAUAGUUAAAAAGGUGUAUUUAUUUUUAUAAGAAUAGGCUGGUGGUUUUAAUUUGACAGGAUGAGUAGAAAUCGAAACUUUGGCGGUGCGCUCGUGGUUUGUUUACGCCCGCACGGGGUUUUAUAGACUUCAGCAUCAGAUCAAACCAGACCGGACCCGAGACCCGAGCCAGACCUGGACUGAACCUGGACCAGACCCGAACCAGCUAGACCAGGCGUCUCCAUGGCGACCACUGCACGAUCCUGGGUUCUGCUGCUGCUCGCUGUGAUUGAUCGAUCCGCCUCCUCCACCCUGCCCCCCACCCCUGGUCUCACCCUGGCGCCUCCCCCUGCACCUGCCGUGGUCUCCACUCUGGUGGGCACAGACACUGUCCUGCCCUGCUCCUGGCAGCAGCGCCUGUCGCACCUGUCGCAGUCUGUGCCUCAUGUGCAGUGGUGUUUAGAGUCGUCAGGGCCUGUCCUGGAGCAGAGGGGCUCCGAGCGCUGGGCCAGUCCGGACAUCUCAGACCGAGCUCAGGUGUCUGAGUCUGGGCUGCAGACUGGAGACUGCUCCCUGCUGAUCCAGGACGUGCAGGUGAGCGACGGAGGACAGUACCACGGAUACAUGAUCCUCGACCAGGACCAGACCCAGACCGAGUCCAAGACCAGGACCAAUAUUGGGAUAGGAGUCUUCAUCGGCAGUGUCAAGCUCCUAGUGUUCGAUCAUCGCUUGGUGGAGAACAAACGUCCCGGUGAAAACCUGGUUCUUGACCUGUACACUUCUCACUCCAUGAGCCUGUUCUUCCAGGGCAGUAACAGCUCUGAGUGGAAGCUGCUGUGGACCAGAGACAGAUCAGGACCGGAGUCUCGGGUCCGGCUGGACUCAGAGAAGAACCGGCUCCUCCUGAGGUCUGUGUCCGAGUCCGACCAAGGCAUCUACAAAGUCCUUGACCUGCACGGACUCACUGUGAGCUCCACGCGCCUGUCUGUGGACCAAGGUACAUCUACAGCUCGGGAGUCCAUAAUUGAAGAAUACAGAGGAGAUGGAGUGAAAAUCGACCCGUGUGCUCUGCUCCUCACUGCCUCUCUCUUUGUGGCCUCUCUUUUCCUCCUCUGAAGAAGUCUCUCAUUCUCUUUCUGCCAAAGCCACAACAACACCACAGCAGUUUUCUAUUUAAAACUACUUGUACUCAUGAAGCCAAAGUCCAGAUGAAGCUAAACUACAGCUCAUGAGACGGUCUGAGCAGAGAGAGAAAGGUCCAGUGGUUUGAGUCUCCACAGAUGUUCUGGAGAGUGAAGAGUCCAGAUGUUUGAGUCUCCACAGAUGUUCUGGAGAGAGAAGAGUCCAGAGGUUUGAGUGGACAGUUCGGAGCGCAGGUCUGGAACGAGCUCCUCUCUUCUCUGGUCCUGGGAGGGGCUAAAGUCUGAUGGGGCUCAGAUGUCACAGUUUUUGCUCUCCAACCUGAACGUUUCCUGUUCAGUCCCCUCUGUUGUGUCGUCCUUAGGCAAGACACUUCACCCAACGUGCCUAGUAUGAAUGUGGUGUGUGAGUGUUGGUCAGAGGAGCCUUUGGGAGUGGAGAGUAGAUAAACAAUGCAGAAAUGGUAAAGGGUUUUUGAGUGUCUAUAAAAGCGUAAUAUAAGAGCAUUUUACAAAACGUUUUAGGAAUAGAUUAAUGCAUUUGGUUUGUCGAUCUUUUUCUUCUUCGUUUUAUUUUAUGGCAGGACAGAAGAUUCUAGACUUUGAGUGAAGCUAAAUUCUUUAAGAACAUUUUGUUUCUCUUUAAAAUGUAAAUAACAAUUUAAGUUGAGCUUUUUAGACACGCAAAGACGCUUUAACUGCAUUGUUCUUUCACUCGCAGGUGGUAAGAUACUAUUGUAACCACAGCUGCCCUGAGACAGACUGACAAAUGGGAGGCUGCCAGUCUGCACCAUCUGACCACCACCAACACUCACACACGCACUAUACGCUUUCAUACAUAUGCAUUAUGGGUGAAACAGUGUCUUGCCCAAGGACGCAAUGGCAUGACUGAACUGGAGCAGGAUUGAACCAUAAAUCUUUGAGUUGGUGGGUGAACGCUCGAACUACUGACCCACAGCUGCUCACUUUAAACCUGAUAAGAAACCUUUAAGUUGACAAACUACACAUGGCACUGUGCUGUAUUUUACAGCUGAAUGUCUCCAGGUCACAGAUGGAGAUCUUUCAUUCAAAAGUGCACUGUGUAACUUUUUGUUUGAGAGUCCGUCACCUGCUUGUUUCUAUGGAGAUGUCAUUGCUUGGAAUGUUCCACAGUGUGACAUUAAACAGCUUCAACUGACAUUUAUUCAAUUACAGAUGGUUUUAUGCUCAAAAAUACCUAGAAAAACAGACAUUCUGACUGUGAGUGGGGUCGCCUCUCCACAGAUCUAACUUGUAACUUGUUUUGGUUUGUCUCCAUGAAGAUAGAAAGGUUUAAUGCCAUACAGUCAAACAUUCCAGACAGAGCUGUAACAUCUCCAUGGAGAAAAGCAUUUGAUGGACCCUCCACCAAAAAAGUUACACAGUGCACCUUUAAACUUAAACUGUGUGGGGAAACAUUGAGGGAGUUUACGCCUGUAACCAGUAGGGGGCGUGUGUCUCUGCUCAUGGAAUAUGAUUACUGUUUUGGGAGCCAAGAAAAUCAAAUGUGCACUUUACAUCAGAUACACUGAAAUAGGAAUUAUUAAGUGAAAUGAAAUGACUUGAAUUCAAAAUAUGAAUCUGAAUUUGACAAGUUAAGAUUGAAGUCUAAAGCUCACAUCAGAAGUGUUGAAGAUAUUUUUGCAAUGGCUCAGAAUUUUGUUUGCAAAAAAGACAAUAACAGAGAUAAACCGGUGAAUCAAAACUACCGAAAACGAAAGAUAAAUGAAUGAAUGAAUUCAAGUCUCUUUACAACAUAACAUCAGUUUCAGCUCGAAGAAUGUGAAGAUCUCAGGGUCAUUUGAAAACCAGGAACCAGCCAAAUCACACGUGACAACAAAUACUGUUCUGCAUGAUUUUAAAUGACUAAUUGAAUUCAGAAAACUUUCACUGCGUAUUGAUCCUUCCAAAGUCUUGACUGCAGGCUUUUACUGACAGACAACUGGCUCUGCAGUAAAUCUCUCUGUGGAGCUCAACAGUCCCGCCUACUUUAAAGUCAGCUCCAGUUCCCAAAGUAAACUUUCCAUUCAUUUUUCCCACAGACUUUUCCAAUGAUAUAAAAGAAUGAGAACAUCGUACAUCAGUUACUAGAGAUGGGUGCGUCGGAGGAGAGGGAGCAGCCCAAGAACACAGAGAAAAAUCCCGCACACCGUCUUACUUGCAAAUUGUGAGAUGUAUUAGGACAACACACCACAGACCUUUCCAAAAAUUCAACUAUUAGGAGUUCAUAACCACUGCGAAGGUUAACCAGCUACAUGCUGACUAACAUCCAUAAUGUGGUUGUUUAAAGUUCCAAAAGCACAUUUAAAGGGCCCCUAUUACAGUGUUUUUCAGUGUUUUGUUAUCAGUGGUUACUUUUAAAAUGUAUUUCUCUACAGAUUACAGAUUACAUACCCCAAAAUGUAGUUUGUAACGUAAUCCAUUAAAUUACUUAAAGUGAGUAACGUAAUCUGAAUACUUUGGAUUACUUGAUUUGCUGAAGAGAAGCAAAGACGAGGAAAUCUUCACAUACACAUAAGAUGUUUUGUCUAUUAAAAGAAAAUUAAAAGCCCAGAUUUUACUGAACCAUAUUCAAAAUAUUAUUGAUAGAGGAGGAGGAGACACGGUCCACACAGCAUGGUUUAGUCCUGUUAAAUCCCGGUUGAGACAUAGUUUAGAUCUGGUUUUAGUCCUGGUUUAGUCCUGGUUUAGUCCUGGUUUAGACCUAGUGUAGACCUAGUUUUAGACCUGGUUUGGGCCUGAGUUUAGGCCUGUUUAUACCGGGUUUAGAACUGGUUUUAGACCUGGUUUAGACCUGGUUUGGACCUGGUUUUAGACCUGGUUUAGACCUGGUUUAGACCUGGUUUAGACCUGGUUUAGUGUCCGGCAAUGAGUGGAAUUACCGGGAAAAAAAAAACAAAAAAAAAAGGGAUAUAGUCCAAAAUGUAUAAACAGGAAAAUACCUCUGUGUAAUCCAUUUAUUUCAACAAAGUAACUGUAAUCCAAUUACCACUCACUGAAACAGUAACUGUAACUGAAUAUAGUUACUCAUAAUUUGUACUCUGAUUACAUAACUCCAGUACAUGUAAUCUGUUACUCCCCAACACUGCUUGUUAUAGUGGAGUUUCCUCAUCUCAAACAGACCUGGAGUUGUGUUUUGUUUCAUUCACACUUGUUUAACACACAAACCUACAUAUUUCUUCUCUCAUACAGAAAACCCUGCUCCAGCUUGGAUGUUAUGUGGCAAUACAAGAAGUGCAUCAUUUUAGCCCUGGAUUUGCCUGUUGAAAACUUGACAACUAUCAUUUCAUGACAUCACAAGGUAGAACAGAGCGUUUUGAGCUUUGGAGAUGUAGACAGACUAAUAAUAAAGAGUUACUCAAACAUGUGUGAAUGAAACGAAACACAACUCCAGGUCUGUUUUUGAGGAGGGAACAACAUUAUAAUAUGGCUUAAAGCUCAUAAGAGACAAUUUUACAUAAUAUAGGCCAGUUAAAAUACAAGAUUCUCUGAAAUGUUUUAAUACCUUAACAGAUUUUAAAUACAUUUAUGGGUCUUGCAGUCACAGAGCUGAUUAGUCCUGAGCUUUAAGCAUUCAUUUUUUUGGAGAGACUAUGAUAAAAACUUGCUUUGGGAGCCAGGAGGAGGCCAGUCACUGUUGAGCUCCAUUAAAAAGAGCCAAGCUGGACCAUUGGAUUGUUUGAAAUUGGACUGACAAUUACAUCGAUUUCAAUUCCAGUUCCAUUUUGAUUCAGUUCCACCGCAGCCCCAUCAGCAGUGGUGGAAGAAAUACUCAAUUUUGUGAUUAAAGUAAAAGUACAGAUACUAGAGCAAAAAAAACACCUAAGUAAAAACAUCACGAAAAAAGUAAAUGUAUUAAAAUACAGUUUAAAAAUGUAGUAAAAAGUAAAAGUAUUUGACGCUGAUUUUUAGUUCUAAGAAUGCUUCAAAUGUAGUGAUUUUGAUAAAGAUUUGUGUUUUGUUCAACAGAAACAUUUGAAUCAUUUUUUUUCCCCUAGCUGUUUUUAUUUGUAUAUUUUUGUUCGCUCAACUUAUGACAUUGAUAAAAAAUAAACCCACAGGCUUUUAAGAGGUUGCAGACAGUAAUAAAAAUGCAUUUACUUUUGAUUCCUGUUCAUAAAUAUAGUCGAGUGUAAAGCUGCUCUCAAAUAUAGUGAAGUAAAAGUAAAACACAUCCUCUUUAAAAUGUACUCAAGUAAAGUACAGGUACUAGGGGUGGAACAAGAUACAAUUUCCUCAAGAAGAUUCAUUUUCAGCAUGUGCAUGAUAGUGUGACAAUUUUGUCUUGUGAGAUCUUGUGGCACGAGAUCUUGUCCCAUCCCUAACAGAUAUAUAUAUAUAUAUAUAUAUAUAUAUAUAUAUAUAUAUAUAUAUAUAUAUAUAUAUAUAUAUAUAUAAUAUAUAUAUAUAUAUAUAUAAACUUAUGUACAGUAUUUUUCUACUUUUACUUUGUUAGGUUCCACCACUGCACUAACAUUAGAAACAUCCAUAUUUUAAAACAAGGUAAAUACUGUAGUUGUAUUGUGUGUUCAGAUUCAAGUCAUUUGAACUCUUGAGAGAUGCAUUUGGCAGUUAACACUUUUGGUUUCAUUACUUCUGUGCAAUAAUAAUAUCAUAAUAUUUUGUGUUGAAUCAUUCCAGGUUUGUACUGAUGUGCAGUUUGGCUGUGAAGUUGCAUUUGUUUUGUAGCACUUUUCUGUAACAUGGGUUUAAAAGCAAAGUCAUUUUAAUCAUUCUGUUUUUAAUUUUGAAAUAAAUUAUUAAUGAAUAUG